CCAGACGAUCUUCGGGCAAGACGGAGCGUCAACUGGAGGGAUCGUGUUUGGCGGCCGAGCAAACAUGGCAGCUGACUCAGCCGGCCCCUGGUCGUCGCCAUCCCGGAUCAGGCAACCCUGGAGAAUUAAUCCAGCAAUCCAUCAAUCACAACAAUAAGAAGCAUUGACCCAUCCAUCUUCUCUCCCCCUUCCAGGCUUCCACGUCCUGAAUCUCCCCACCCCCCCAUUGGCCUCUCCAGCUCCCCUCACCCGGCCAAUUUCCCUCCGGACGGCUCGUCAUCAUGCGUUGCGUUAGCUUUGCCGUCGCCCUGCUGGCCCUUUUUGCCGGCCUCUACAGCUACCUGAACGCGCGGCUGGAGCAGUUCUACAUCUUCGACCCCUCCCACCUGCAUGACCUGUCGCAGCGGGCUAUUGCUGCUCACGGCAAUGACACCCGCUCCGUGGUCAAUUUCAUCGUCUCCGAGCUAGAGGACAAGGUCUCAGCCACGCACCUGAACAAGGAGGAAGAAUGGGUCUUCAACAACGCCGGUGGUGCCAUGGGCGCCAUGUAUAUUAUUCAUGCUAGUGCGUAUCCUCUGAGAGAUCUAAAUUUAACCUUUAUCUCGAGGGCUAACUUUCGUUCAACAGGCAUCACGGAAUACCUGAUCAUUUUCGGCACCGCCAUUGGCACCGAGGGCCACACCGGCCGUCACACGGCCGACGACUACUUCAACAUUCUGCAGGGCACCCAGCUGGCGUACGUGCCCGGUUCCUAUGAGCCCGAGGUCUACCCCCAGGGUAGCGUGCACCACCUCCGUCGCGGCGAGGUCAAGCAGUACAAGAUGGAGGAGUCGUGCUUCGCUCUGGAAUACGCCCGUGGCUGGAUCCCCCCGAUGCUCUUCUUCGGCUACGCGGAUACCUUCUCCAGCACGCUGGACUUCCCGACCCUGUGGGCGACCUCGAGAAUCACCGGCCGCGAGAUGAUCUCCAACGCGCUCAAGGGUAAGAUGUAAACGAUAGACGGAUGGAAUAGACGGGUAUAUGUACACUACUAUCUCAUGUUCGAUGUGUUAUUAGAUUGACGACGUGGUUGCUCCGAUAGAAUUACACUAAUUAAUCCUGCCCUUGUUAUCCCUUCUGCCUGUUUAUUUUUCUCCCUCCGA